GGCUGAUCCCCCCGCGGGGCCCUCCGCUCCCACGCUCGGCCCUGCCGCGACUCGCGGGGACGCCGGGGACGUGUCCCGGCAGCUCCGGCGCCGCAUCCCGGGGCUCCUUCCUCGCCCUCCGCUCGGGGAUGAGGAGGAGUCCCGGCGCUGGAGGAGGGGAGGCUCCCCCCGACCGAGAGCUGAGCUUGGCUGCCUUGUCCCGCCAGCCCCCCGGACCCCGCGGCAGAGGAGAGACCCCCGGAGACAGAGAGAGAGAGGGAGAGAGACCCCCGAGCGAGGAGCCGCGAGCAGCAGGAUGGGCCAGUGCAACUGCCGCAAGAAGCGCAAGGACUGCCAGGAGCUGACGGACGUGGAGCGGGCCAUCGAGACCGUCAUCAGCCAGUUCCACUGCUACGCCGUGAAGGGGCAGAAGGAGUACCUGACCCCCAACGAGAUGCAGGAGCUGGUGGUGCAGAAGCUGCCGCACCUGGGCAAGUGCGUGGGACCCCUGGAAGAGAAGAUCGAAUGCAUGGGAGACCCUAACGAGGCCAAGCUGGAGUUCGGAGAGUACUGGGACAUGAUGGGGGACGCGGCCAAGGGCUGCCGGAGGAAGUAGAGGGUGGUGGGGGACGGGAAGGCGCCCGAGGCCUCAGCUCCGCUCCUGGAAACGCGAGAGGCCGCUGGGCCCGGGGGAUGCGCCUGGGAAAAGGCGACCUCGCUGCUGCCGGAGGGUUCCCCGGCUCCAUCCCUGCCCUCCUCGGCUCCAUCCCCGCCCUCCCUGGCUCCAUCCCUGCCCUCCUCGGCUCCAUCCCUGCCCUCCCCGGCUCCAUCCCUGCCCUCCUCGGCUCCAUCCCUGCCCCCCUCGGCUCCAUCCCUGCCCUCCUCGGCUCCAUCCCUGCCCUCCUCGGCUCUCCUUCCCGUCAGGACCGCUCCCUCCCGCCCCGGCUCUGCCCCGUGCCCGGCGCGGGGGGCACGGAGGGCUCCUGGCCCCGGGGCCGCCUCUCUCCCCGGGCCCCCGAAACCCUCCGGGUGCGGCUCCCCCAGCCCCGGGGCAUCGCAGCGAGAGACCCCCGGCUCCUUCCCCCCGGCUGUGGGGCUCGGCCCCCCAUGCCCCGUGCCCCACCACCCCACGGCGCCCCCGGGGCACCCCGGGAUCACCGUGGCCGCGGCCCGGGAGCCUCCCCCGCCGUUCCCCCCGGUUUUUGGGGGGCUGCUCCGGGCCGGGCUGCCCUCCCGGUGCUCCCCACCCCCGGGAUUCUGGCCGGGUCGGGGUCAGCUUGGGCCGCUCGCAACCAUUUUUGUAUAAAUUAAUAAAGGAAAACACUGGGAAAAAAAAGAAAAAAAAAAAAAACCCAAA